CCGGGGACAUUCGUUUCUUUACUCAGUGAAUUCAAACAAAGCAGUGCUCUCCGCUUUCCUGCCUCCUCCCCGCUUUUGCCGUUUGUGCGCUUCAGUUUUUCUUUUGGGGCACUCUGAGAACGUCUUUUUGACUGAAAAUCAAAGGCUCCUAUUGUUCACGCUUUCAAAAUCAAAAAAACUUCUCCUAUAGUUAAAAUGUAACAAGCAGAAAUUGACAGUAUAGAGCUAGAAGAGUCACAGGUUUGACUGUGAGAUGAGCACCAUGUGUAGAAAUCAGUUACUUGUCUUUAUAGUUUUAUAAGUCUAUAACAAGGUCAGCCAAAGCUGCCUUUUACAGGCGUCACAGUCUACAGUUAAUACACUCUGAAAAGGACAGUUUCAACACAACAUUAUUGUUUUUUACUGAGUGGCAAACUUGCUUUAAACCAGUUGCUCAACAUCAUCGCCUCCUAGUCCUCGGUUUUGCAACAGUUUUGAUUUUUUUUGCAAUCAUUUGGACUAAACUAGACGGAAGUGCUGAGUUCCUGUGCGAUCUGACUCAGGUUCGCUGUUUUUCACAAUGUUGCCAAUGAAGUCAAGCAGAAGUAACAGUCUUCAGCCCCAGGGUUUGGCCAAGAAGAAAUGGAACAAAGCGGGUCAGGGAAUGACACAGUAACCACAGUUGUUACUGACACCAGUAUAGUCAUCAAUCAGACCAGUUCAAAUGGGACUCUGUACGGCAGUGCCUCCGGUAGUGUUGCCACAUCAAUAGAUGAAAACUCCAUGGAUGAAACUGAAUCAUCAGGCCUGGACCCCAUCAUUAUCAUUAUCCCUGCAGUGCUGGUGGUCUUAAUCAUCUGCAUGAUAGUUUGUGGCAUUUUCAUCAACCGCAGGUGGAACAAACAAAAGAGAAAUCCAGACCUGAGUAAAGAAGAUCCAUAUUUGGAUGGAUCCAGUACAGAGAAGGUGCCGAUGCCGAUGUUUGAAGAGGACGUGCCCUCUGUACUCGAGCUCGAAAUGGAAGAGUUGGACGAGUGGAUGAAAAAAGAUGGUGAAACUGCAGAGGACUCUAAACGUCUGUAACUGAAUUUAAGGUUAAAGGAGACACUGUCAACACAACGCAAGCCAGCACUGAUGUUUGAACCUCCUCCACCAGCAAUAAUCCAGCCAUGUGACUGUCUGGAAACAACAACACUUAACACUCAUUUUUACAAUUUUGCUGGAAAACAGCAACAAAAAUUCAACCUCAAAUUUUUUCUAAUGCAACACCUCUGAUAGCCAUUAGUGAACAGCAGCAUAUAACAACCGAACCAAAACCAUCUCUCUGUGAUCCGUUUCACACCACAUGGUGUUCUGCUUUAAUAUGCUGCCGAGUACAUGUACAGUAUUUUAUGGCUCAGAUUCAUAAUGUAGUAACUGAUGAUGUUACAAUUAGGUCAAUAUCUCUCUCCUCUCCAUCAUAGAUUGCACUGUUCUUUGUUUUUGCUUAUGGCUUUUUCCUAAGCUCAAAGCCAUUUUGUUGCAUUACACUAUGAGUCCCUCCAGCUGGAGGUUUUAAAGGGGAGAUAUCCAGCUGAAUGCAUGACAGAGAAGCAACUUUUUUAAGUGUUUUGUUUGAAAUCUCAAAGCCUGUUUCUAAAGCUUUGGAUAAAUUAUUUCCCGUCAUCGAAGCAGCUCUCAGAAAGCUGCACCCGAUAAGAUUUUUAUCUCUCCACAGAUAACAAAUAACUCGUUGACUGAACACUUUAUAUUCUUUCCUUUGUCUUUGAAAGUGUUGAAUCAAAGCAGUUGUAACAUUGAUCCAAAUGUGAGCUCUACUUUCUUAUAGCGUCAGUCAGUAUUGUGCGGGAUCCUGCACUGUAAAUAUGAGAAUACAGUAUACCAAAAGAUGUUUGUAAAUAUUUCAUAAAGGCACUUGUGUCAUUGAUUUGUUGAUGGUGCUUUAAGUAAAAUUUCAAUAAAUAAAACCUUGCCAUAAAA